AUGGAUCCCCUGGUGGCAGACGGAUUCCACAACCAGACUUGCAGCCCACUCUGCGGACUUCCAGAAGAAUUGCUUCUUGACAUCAUGAAGCUCCUUGACCCACUGAGCAUCCAGUGUCUGAGACGGGCAUGCCGGUAUCAUGAUAUCGAAUAUCACCAGCGAUCGAUCUUCGUCCCCUGGCACCUCAGACCUCUCCUUGACAGAGACAUCGGAGAAUAUUGCGCCGACUGUCGAGCAAUGCGGACAAGUCCAACCUGGAACGAAAAGCUGUCCCGACUGACAGCGACGUACAUGCAUUGCUCCGGCUGCCGGUGCGACCAUCCCGUCGGUCUAUUUUCUCGAGGUCAGCGGCGGGCACCACCCCGGUCUCGAAUCUGCAUUGGGCGCGAGGGAUUUGUGCGGCUCUGCAACCAUAAGGUGGUGAAGCUAGCUAAACUCGGCAUCGAUCCCAACGCCAUGCGAACCACAGUAUACUUGCCACCUUGCGAAGACCCGAGCCACAUUCCUAAACACCAUGGCCCUCACUCCAUUCAUACUCUCCACGCGAAUAUACAACCCACUGUCGCCGUUGAAACCACAAUCAAGAGUAACAUCGUGGUUGAGCUUCGGUGGGUUGGACAUCUCCGCCUUCCUGAUCUUGGCUGCGAUGAACUUGGCCACUGCAAACGGUUACGAAAGGGCGCUGCGGAGUUCAUUGCCCCAGAGCUUCCUCCAGGCCGUCUAACGGAAAUGAGCUGCUUUGACCCGAAUCGUUGCUGCUGUCUCCAAUACUCCGGCUUGGAGAAUCUUUCGCACGGUUGGCAACUCACACCCGUGGAAGAGAUUAGGUACCCAACGUGUCGAGCCCACCCGGAUCGCCGCCUCGGCGCCCUCCAGCCGACCAAGGAUGCCGGGGACGAGAACCCACAGCCACAAGAGGCACAGACAGGAAGUCACCGCGCAUGGGCUGACAACAGCUUGGGCACCUUGAUAGUCUGGACUAACCCAUGCUCCGGUGGAGGUAGCUGUUUGCGAGUGAGAUACUGCCGCCAGAUUAACGUUUUCCCCGCAGAUUGGCGCCCAGGCUGUGUGACCAUGUCUUGGUUCCGAGCCCUCGAUCCGGACUCCUACAACCUGACAGCCGACGAUGCAAGCUUUGGGGUCCUGUGGUGUCGCCAGCAGGGAUGUAGGAACUAUUAUCGGUACCUAAAACCAUCUCUUGUCCCUCUUGACAAGAUAAUCCGACGGUGCACUGGUUCUUGCCCGGCAUCGCGAUGA